UUAAGCACUUUCGAAAAACAUAAACUUACUUUUUUUACACCAUCGUCUUUAGAAAUGAAUAUACUUACACAAUCAAUAAAGAAACACAUAGAUUGACAUAACAAAAAUAGAUAACAAUUGUCUUGAAGAUGAGUGAUAUUUGCGAUUAUUUUGCGGCAGGUUGAUAGCUAGAGCCUUCCAGAAGGGUAAGAGACUUGAAAAUCAUGUCUUCACUCUGAAAGGUCUAUGUUCUCUUAGAAAAUCGAAACGUCUUAAAACAUAUUUAUCAUUUAUUGAUAUUUCAAAAGCUUUUGACGUGUUAGAUAGAGACUUAUUAUUUAUUAAACUAUGGGAAACGGGUAUCCAGGGUAAAUUAUGGCCUGUCUUGAAAGAAUUAUAUAAUAAUGUUCAAAAUAAGGUAAUUUUUGGACAAAAUUCCACAGACUGGUUUGACUCUGAAACCGGAGUCAAGCAGGGCUGUAUCCUCUCCCCAACCUUGUUUAUAGUUGUCAUGAGUGACCUAGAGGACUCCCUAAAAUCGGUUGACACAGGGCUCCCUUUUGAGAACUUCAAAAUCCCAUGUUUGCUCUUUGCUGACGGUAUUGUCCUAACUGCUGAAUCUGGUAAAGACCUUGAACUCCUUCUGAACGUUGUUAACAGAUUUGGAAUAAAGUGGGGCUUUAAGUUUAGCAAAAAGAAAUCAAAGGUAAUGGUCAUUGGAAAAAAAAGUUGAUUCAACUAAACUGUGGAAAUUUGGCGACCUAAAACUCUCUGAAGUUAAUGUAUAUAAAUACUUGGGAACCUUUUUCCACAGGAACUUAAAAUAUUCUCAUCACAUUGAUGUACAUGUAUCUAAGAAAUCACGAAUGUUAAAUGGGAAAACAAUAUAUCACUCUAUGAUUGAGUCUGCAAUUUUAUCUGGAUGUUCUAUAUGGACACUUACCAAAAGUAACAUAGCUCUGAUGAAGUCAAUUCAAUACAGAGCAGCGCAAGCUGUUUUACAAUUAAAGUGUAAACCCACAAGACCAGCCUUAUUGGGAGAUCUCGGUUGGACUCCCAUUGACCUCACAAUUGAAAAACGACAAAUUGCCUACUUUAAAUACCUAAAGUUUGACCUAGCCCAUUCAUCCCUACCCCAUAAGGUUUUAACUCAUUUGAUAAAGCAACAUAGUGAAGGUAAUGAAGCCCCUUGGAAAUAUGUGUCUAACAUAAAGUCUAUUUUAAUCAAGAGGGGCCUUGAUGACGUUCUUUUUCGAGAUGACUGUGAGUGGUACAAUACCUAUGAAGGCAUUUGUAGACAGGAACGCACCACUAAUUUUAUUGAUGACAUUUCCCAUUUUAAAUCUCUAAAUACUUAUUCCACCUUUAAGAACCAUCCAUACCAAGAAAAUUAUCUAAAACAAGACUUUGAUUUUUAUGGUUCUAGACUCAAAUUUCUUGCAAGAACCAACAAUUUUUGCCUUGAAUCCAAUUACUCUGUAUGGGGCAAAAGUGAUGGCAAAUGUAAACUUUGUAGUUUGAAUGUACAUGAAGACUUACAGCAUAGGUUGCUGCUGUGUGAACAUUUUAAAGAAGAACGUGAAUCCUUUUUCCACACUGUUUGUAAGCAAUGUCCCUCCGAUUUAUUUUCUGAUUUCAUUAAGGGCAAUCUGACUGAAAAAUUGACCUUUAUUCUUGGUGAUGAGACUUUUUCAAAAUGGGGGCAAGACUAUUUUAGAUUAUUUGAUAGCAUUGUAAAAAGCUUUUUAACCCAAGUGUACAAGCCCAGAGAUUUAUGUCUUUGAUUAUUUUAGUAUAUGCAACAUUGUUUUAAAGAAAUU